CACAGAACCGAGCAAUUGUGUGAAUUGAUCACAGUUGUUGUUUCAACGAAACAAGCGGAAAUAGAUGCAGAAAAAUUGAUCCACCAUUUUUUGCGUGCGCACAGUGACAUCUGGUGAUAUUUCGCUCAUUUCGAUCUCGUGUUUUUCCUCGCAUUGAUGAUUGAAAACUGCGCGACAUCCCGUGACGAUCGUAUACACAUCGUAUGGGAGUCGCAAUGUGUUAGUACUUCGACUUGAAAAUCGAGGUCGCGGAUUCCGCGGUGUUCUGUUCGAUAUCUCAAAAGAGAGAAAAAAAAAAGCUGAUUAUCGAACAUGACUGAACAGUCUGACACUAUUCGUGUCAAAUUAGAACCUGGUAUCAAAAUGGAAUCAAAUUUACCCUCAACGACGAGGUUAACAUCUUUUCGCAUGCGUGACUGGACUCUAGGUGGAAAUACAAAGAAAAAACAAAGCUCAAAAGUUUACACGCCAAAUGUCAACGUGCAACGUAACAAAAAGGACGAAACAACAACAACUAAGGUCAGUGUUAACGUGCCCGCGAGAUCAAAGGAUGGCGAUCGCGAAAGAGGGCGAGGGAGAGGAGGAAUUGGAAAGGGACGUGGAAGAGGCGAGAAAGCCAAUUUAAUACAAUCUGUGGGUGUAUUUUCAGACGGAAUUUAUACCCCAUCUGUCAAGAGAUCGGAUAGCAGUUCCAGAAGCGGUAGUUACAGAGAUAAAACGGAUAUUGGAAAGUAUAUGGAAAAGCCAAAGGUAAAUUUAAAUAAAAUAGCAAAUGAAGAAAAAGAUGAGAAAAAGUUGAAGGAGCUGUUACACGACUUUAUUGAUGAUGGACCAGAAUCUGACGAAAAAAUAGAUUUUCUUGAAUUACCCAGGAUUGUUAAUAAAACAGAGAUAGUGACUGACGAUGAAAUUGAACAGAAACCAACUAUUUCAGAAAGUGGUAAAGUUAUAUCUAUAAAGAAGGAGAAUAAACACUUUGCAAACAGACUUACCAUUCCUCAAUUAAUUGAAAAUAAUACUAAUUCUUUUACUUUAAUACAGUUUCCAGCAACUUUUCAAAAUCUAAACUGUAGUAGCGAAGAACUGAGAUCGACACGACCAAGUAAUUCCAAUACUCAAAAUGAAAGUACUACAAAAACAAAAGAAAAAGCUGAAUAUAGUCUUUUAAAUAAUUUAAAUAGCGGUCAUAUAGGCAAACUUGAGAUUUUGAAGUCUGGUAGAGUGAGAAUGCGACUCGGAGAAAUAAGUUUUUUUGUUAAUGCUAGCUUACAACAGAAAUAUCAACAAGAUCUAAUAGCUACAAAAUUAGAUUCUAUAUCAUUAAAUGGAGAUUUUAUCAAUCUUGGCCAAGUAAAUAGCACAUUAUGUUGUUUACCAGAUGUAGAAUCUAUGAUAAAAAAUUUAUAGCAUAUUUAUGUGUAUUUAAUAAAGUUUUAAUAAACAAACUAUCAUCUUGAAUGUCUGUUUUGUGAACAAUACAAAUUUUAUUUUUAAUCUCAUUUUCGGAUUUCGUAAUUACGUCUGUAUGAAAACUCGAUAAGUGCGAUUCUAAAAUAUCUAAGAAAAAAAUCCAAGAAGUGUUUUGUACUACGAAAACAACUAUACAUGUACCUGUGUAUGUUUAUUAAUCAAGAGUAUGAGGUUCUCGGUGAAAUAUAUUUUUAUAAGUUUUUCUCCUUUUACAAGUUUAUAUGCAUAUAUAUAUAACACAUCAUUCAGUAUACUAUUUAUUUUCUAGCAGUGCGUUUUUUUGUAUAACUAAGCUUUAUACAAAUUAAAGUGAACAAAUCGAUGUACACAAAGUCAAAUUUCAAUUCAAAUAUGUGUGUGAUUAGGAACUGAAAAAGUGAACAAGUGUUAUCUUGUUGCUAGACUGUUCCAACUUCAUAUGUCAAAUUCGACUAAACGAGUGUCAAUUUUUGUAUCACUACGUGAUGCGUUUGGGCGCUCACAGAGAUUAAGCGACUAUUUUUGUUUUACAUUUAAUGAGCAAUAUAGACGGUUAAAGCGGUGAGAGCGCCGCUCAAAACGCGAACGCGCGUUCUUUUCAAUAAUACAUUAUACAUACCGUCAAUGGAGAUACAAGAAACUGAGAUGUCAAGCACAAUUCUGUCCUUAGUGAAAUGUAAGCUUUCGAUACAUUUGUGGGAAAAAAAAAAAAAAAA